CACGGCAGUUGUGGCAGCGUUAAAUUUUAGGGUUUAAUAGUCUUACAUUCAGCGGGUAACAAGUGCAGUUUGCCAUUUAUUAACCAAAGUUACGACACAAAAUUACGGUUACAAGCGACUUGUAACCGAAAGCCGUGUAGCGUCCUAGCUAGCUAAAAAGGGUGUCCUCUCCGGAUGAUUGACGUGUCUUGUGUUGAAGAAGAGGGCGGGGACUAAAACUUCUAAAACCUCGCCCAGCGUCCGCUUCACUCCAGCGGGUGGCUUCGGAACCGCGCCAGAAUCGUACCGAAACACUGUCGAGGGGGGUCACCGACACAUUUUGUGUCAGACAAAGGAUAAAAUCAAGUACCAUGUUCAGGAAAAACGGAAAGAAAGACCCCGAGCUGUUCCAGAAUGUGUCUGAGGGGCUGCGGCGGCUGUACCGCACCAAGCUGUUCCCCCUGGAGGACACGUACCGCUUCCACGACUUCCACUCGCCCGCGCUGGAAGAUGCCGAUUUCGACAACAAGCCCAUGGUCCUCCUGGUGGGCCAGUACUCCACCGGGAAGACCACUUUCAUCCGACAUCUGAUGGAGCAAGAUUUCCCCGGCAUGCGGAUCGGCCCGGAGCCGACGACGGACUCUUUCAUCGCGGUGAUGCACGGUGAACAGGAGGGGGUCGUACCGGGCAACGCGCUGGUGGUCGACCCCAAAAAGCCCUUCCGCAAACUCAACGCCUUCGGCAACGCCUUCCUGAACAGGUUCAUGUGUGCUCAAAUGCCUAACCCGGUCCUGGAGAGCAUCAGUAUCAUCGAUACCCCAGGAAUCCUGUCAGGGGAGAAGCAGAGAAUCAGCAGAGGGUACGACUUCGCUGCUGUGCUGGAGUGGUUUGCUGAGCGAGUGGACCGUAUUAUCUUGCUUUUUGAUGCCCACAAGCUGGACAUCUCGGACGAGUUCUCCGAGGUGAUCCGUGCGCUGAAGAACCAUGAAGACAAGAUGCGCGUGGUACUGAACAAGGCGGACCAAAUCAGCACCCAGCAGCUGAUGAGAGUCUAUGGAGCGCUGAUGUGGUCCCUGGGCAAAAUCAUCAACACCCCCGAGGUGGUGCGUGUGUACAUUGGGUCAUUCUGGGCCCAGCCCCUGCUGGUCCCUGACAAUAGGAAGUUGUUUGAGGCAGAGGAGCAGGACCUGUUCUUGGACAUCCAGUCCCUGCCACGUAACGCUGCGCUGCGAAAACUCAACGACCUCAUCAAACGGGCACGCCUUGCCAAGGUGCAAGCCUACAUCAUCAGUUCCCUGAAGAAGGAGAUGCCCAGUGUUUUUGGGAAGGACUCCAAAAAGAAGGAGCUGAUCGCCAACCUGGGUGAGAUCUACCAGAGGAUUGAGAAGGAGCACCAGAUCUCACCCGGAGACUUCCCGAACAUCACGAAGAUGCAGGAGCUGCUUAACGGCCAGGAUUUCUCCAAGUUCGCCCCACUGAAGCCCAAACUGCUCGAGGCCGUGGAGGACAUGCUAGCCAAUGACAUCGCCCGCCUCAUGGCUUUGGUGCGCCAGGAAGAGGCCACCAUGCCCAGUCAGUCUGUUAAGGGUGGCGCUUUCGAGGGGACCAUGAGUGGACCCUUUGGUCACGGCUACGGCGAGGGCGCCAGUGAGGGCAUCGACGAGCUGGAGUGGGUGGUCGGCCGUGACAAACCUACAUACGAUGAGAUCUUCUACACCCUCUCUCCCAUCAAUGGGAAGGUGUCGGGCGCCGCGGCCAAGAAGGAGAUGGUCAAGUCCAAGCUGCCCAACACAGUCUUGGGGAAGAUCUGGAAGUUGGCGGAUGUGGAUAAAGAUGGCUUCCUUGAUGACGAAGAGUUUGCUUUGGCCAAUCACCUAAUCAAGGUGAAGCUGGAGGGCCAUGAGCUACCUGCCAAGCUGCCUGACCACCUGGUGCCCCCGUCCAAGCGUGGGGUGCUACUGGAGGCUGAUUGAUCCAGAAAAGAGCAGGAGGAGCCUGGGAAGCCCCCCCCCCCCACAUCUAGGCCUGGCUACCUGUUUAGGGCUAUUCCUGACAGAAGUACUAGGUGCUACGCUAAGUGUGGGCAGAGCCAGAAGCAUCUUGGGGCUUACAUGCUUUCUCUAGGCUUUACUCGUACACCAUGAGGAGUCGCUGUGUUCUUUUUCACCAGAGAGAGACUGGAGGGUUUCUGAGUGGGUGUGGGUGGGGUGGGGACUUUGUGCAUUAGGGGGAUGAGUGUGCAGGUAGCUGUGAGACAUACGCAGUGGGGCAGGGGUUUGCUGAAUCGCCAAGUAAUGGAAGGACAAUACUGGAUUGUAAAGUGAUUCACCUGGGGGGUCAGUGGGUGCAUGAUGGGGUUGGACAUGGAUUUGUACAUCCUGUGUAAAAGAUGUCUGAAAAAUAUACAGUCCAUAUAUUAUAUGUUGAUCCAAAGAAAAAAAAAGCUUUUUUUCCAUUUGGAGAGAGAAAGGGGAGAAAUCAAAUCAGCUGUUAGACUUGUUUUAUCUCUAUUUUUGUAUUUCCCGACUGCUAACUUUAAGACUCUUUCCAAAUGCUUCCCUUUUUAUUAUUUUGCCAGAUAAAUAAAAAGGAAAUAUUUACCA